AUGGAUAAGUGGCAUGGUCAAGUUGGGCCUAGAAUACAAGGGGUAUUGGAGGUAAAUAAGGCAGCUGGGCAGUGGUGCAUUCCAAGGCAUGCUGGGCAAAAUAAAUUCCAAGUGAUGCAUCAUAGUGGGAGACAGUUUGUGGUAGAUUUGAAUGCCCACACAUGCUCUUGCAGAGCAUGGGAUCUCAGUGGUCUUCCUUGCCUCCAUGCUUGUGCUGCAGUGAGUAGAUUCCAUGGGAAUCCAGAAGAUUAUGUGCAUGACUUCUACAAGAAAGAUGCUUAUCUAAGAACUUACAGGGACAUGAUUCACCCCUUGCCUAGCCAAGACUUGUGGCCUAAAAGUGGUUUACUUCCUUUGAAGCCUCCUCUUUACCAUAAACAACCUGGUAGGCCAAAGAAGAGUAGGAAGAAGGCACAUGAUGAGCCUAAAAAGAAAUCAAAUCCCAACAAACUCCAAAGAUACCACACUAUCAUCAAGUGUAGCAAUUGUGGGCAAGAGGGCCAUAACAGAACUAAAUGUAAAGAGCCAAUGAAAAACCAGCCAAGGCGUGAGGAGAACCAAUACACUAGGACAAUCAGUCCAACCUUAUUCACAGCCAAGACAUAA